CGGCAUUACCGGAUGACGUACAAAAGAUCUGGACUCAUUUCGCUUGAAAAUUCUAUCUUUAUUGGUUAUAAGAUGCGGCUCUGUCCACGAUGAUGAAGCGUAUUUUUGUGGUUAAUUGUAUGAUUUAGCUAUAAGGCAUUCGAGAUCAUGGCGACCAAUUCUAACUCAUCGCAGAAUACCAGUGACGACAACCUCCCACAAAAAGAAUUCGCAUUUGUUCAAAAUGAAAGCAAUAAGAGAGAACUUCGAAGCCAUGCUAUGCGAGAGCAUUGGAAGAAUAGACGACAAACGAUAAACGAAGAGAAACAGAAAAGACAGAAGCGCACUCAGCAUACGCUAUUACCGACUCCGAAGACGCAAUGGACAAUGUCUGAUGAGAACUCCGAGUCCUCCAGCUCAGUACUGAACACCAAUGCCUCGUCUGACACAGCAUUGAUACCUAACGACGAACGUCAAUCAGAUCUGGAAGGCAUUCCGUGUCAGAUACUUUCAGGGGUGAAUCUGGCGUUUGGGUCGAGCAGGCUUGAUCCUUUCGAUCAAUUACCCAUGAAGCUAUCAGUCAUACAUCACAAGCUUCUUCAUCAUUGGUUUAGCGCUCACGCCGCUAUGACGUUUGGGCCGUCCCCUGAUGGGGCCUUCAGUCCUAUGCGUGAUGUAUGGCUGCCCCUUGACCUGUCCAAUCCAGCAUCGUUCAAUGCACUCAUGGCGCUUUCAGCUGCACAUCUCUCUCGGAUGCAAGGUUUCAGUCAAUCAGAAGUAGCUCUAGAGUUCAAGAGCGAGGCGGUGAGGAUCGUUCAGCUUUGGAUGCAAGACCCGGAGCGCGCAGUAACAGACGACGUUUUGGCUGCUAUCCUACGUCUUUUGACCUUUGAGAGGUAUUGGGGAACCGAGGCUGAAUGGAUCAUCCAUCACAAAGGUCUGAUGAAUCUCCUCGAGGCUCGGGGCGGUAUAGCAGCACUCAGCAGUAACUGGAGGCUUGAGCUAACGACCUUCCUGGUCUCAUUGAUGGCAAGGCCAACUUGGUUCGAUUGUUCCAAUCAAAUCCAAGAACUGCUCACUCAUACUUCGGAGCUCCCGUUACAUCCCAUCCUAAGAAAGGGAAGCGACCUACGAAAGCUUCGGAGCCUAUGGCUACUUUCGUUCAUCCAAGACAUGGGCACAUUCCGAACGAACCUUUUGAGGACCACCGCGGCGCAUUACUCGGCGUUUCACGAAGCUAUCUUGCUAUUAAAGACUCAGCGCCAAGAUCACGAACUCGAUACUGGCCGUCCAGAGCUCUGCAGCGACCUAGAACUCACCCGGCUUGCCUGUUUGCUGUUCAUCUGCGUCCUCUUACAAAAAUCACCAUUUGAAUCACCCCACGACACUGGAAAUUGUCAUAAAGAGGCCUGGACCUUUCAAAACUUGGAUCUGCUCAACUUCUUCCUUGAGACAAACAUGCCGUCCUGGCAUGGUUCUCUCGAGAACCUGCACAGCAUUCUCUUUUUCCACUUCACUACAUCAGAAGGAACAGGGCUGGAUCCGGAUUACGUUCGAAAUAUGACGACGCUCAUUGCAUCUUUGACUGGUGGCGCUCGGUAUACUGUGGAGCGAUGCCUUUUGGAGAUUUUAUGCCGAGCAAGUGGCGGUGAACAAAACCUCUUCGAGGAGAAAUAUACCCCUGAUAUCUUAUUGUCGACUAUAUCUGGGCAGUGA